CUCUGGUGGCUACAGCUGCACAGGAAGGAGGAUAUCAGACCCAUUCAGGCUUCCCUCCCAGCCCCUUAUAUGGGACUUAUAUGGGAAUAUACCAAAGGCAGGUAGAUACCACUGCACCCCUGAUCGGGUGCGGGCUGGAAGCUCCUCCCUGUUAAACCAACAUCUCAAAGUGUUUUCACCCCAUCAGAUUUGCAAUAAAAGAGCCGUCACUGUGAACAGGUGGGGAAGAAGUGAAAGCUUAUUCACUUAUUCCUGUUACUGCUGCUGGCCCAGGGACAGGAGACAAGACAGCUUCCUAUAGGAGUUGCUACACCUUCUGAUAGGGACAUCCUUCCUCAUUUACAAACCUCAGCUGUGUCUGGGGGUAGGGCCACAGUGCAGCCGCCAGGAGCAGGAAGACUUACAAGGAACAGCACCACAUUAGAAGUCUGGGAAACAGGGGCAGCUCUAUCCCGUGAUGUGACUGGCAUCAGGAGAAUCCCACGCCAAAGGACGUACAAGACUGAAGCUGAUGUUUCCUUCCCUUAGUUAAGCUUUGCGUGGUUUGGUGCCUAAAGCACAUCUGAGAACAGCAGGUAUCUGACGAGAUUUACCCCCAAAGACCAAAAAGAUGAUGCACUACGCCAUCCAAAAGGCGGAGGUUCUGGAUGGGGCUCAUUUGAUGCAGAUUUUCUGGCAGGAUGGUGCAGAGUCUCUCUACCCAGCCGUGUGGCUGAGAGACAACUGCCAGUGCUCUGACUGCUACCUGGACUCUGCAAAAGCACGGAAACUUCUCAUCGAAGCUCUGGAUGUGAACGUUGGAAUUAAAGACUUGACUUUUGACGGAAAAAAGGUGCAUGUCACAUGGACGGAUGAUCAUUGCAGUAAAUUUGAAGCUGAUUGGCUGAAGAAAAGAUGCUUUUCCCACCAGGCUAGAGCAAGACUCCAAAGAGAAUUGUUUUUGCCAGAAUGCCAGUACUGGGGCUCAGAACUUCAGCUACCUACUCUGGAUUUUGAAGAUGUCUUAAAAAAUGAUGAACGUGCAUACCAGUGGCUCUCCACCCUCAAGAAAGUUGGCAUAGUUCGACUCACAGGAGCAUCUGACAAACCAGGAGAAGUUUUAAAACUUGGGAAAAGAAUUGGUUUCCUUUAUCUCACAUUUUAUGGGCACACUUGGCAAGUUCAAGACAAAAUCGGUGCAAACAAUGUGGCUUAUACAACUGGGAAGCUAAGCUUUCACACUGAUUAUCCAGCCCUCCAUCAUCCACCUGGGGUUCAGCUUCUGCACUGCAUAAAGCAAACAGUCUCUGGGGGUGAUUCAGAAAUCGUAGAUGGGUUUAACGUAUGCCGAAAACUCAAGGAAAAAAAUCCUCGGGCAUUCCAGAUUCUGUCCUCUACCUUUGUGGACUUUACAGACAUCGGAGAGGAUUAUUGUGAUUUCUCUGUUCAAUCCAAACACAAAAUUAUAGAGAUAGAUGAUAAAGGCCAAGUGGUUCGCAUCAACUUUAAUAAUGCAACUAGAGACACAAUAUUUGAUGUCCCUGUUGAAAGCGUUCAACCAUUCUAUGCUGCCUUGAAGGAGUUCGUUGACCUCAUGAACUGCAAAGAGUUCAAGUACACCUUCAAGAUGAAUCCAGGUGAUGUGAUUACUUUUGAUAACUGGCGCUUACUUCACGGGCGACGCAGCUAUGAAGCAGGAACUGAUAUAACCCGGCAUCUAGAAGGAGCUUAUGCAGACUGGGAUGUGGUAAUGUCAAGACUUCGUAUCUUAAGACAGAGUGUCCAGAAUGGAAACUGAAUCUACUAUCUAUAAUUUUAGUAAGUUUCCAAUGUGUGUAUUUUGUAAGAUAUGGUAAUGUUACUUGUCUUCACAGACCAUGAUCUAAAUCAUCUGUAUAUUAAUUUCUUUCACAUUGAAUCUGUAACCUCUCUCAUAAGUGUAUUCUUUUCUUUUCAAUCACCAACAUCAUCAACUUAUUCUUUUUUAAUUGAAGAAGUCGUAGGUUUACAGAACAAUCAUGCAUAAAAUACAGAGUUCCCAUAUACCACCCUAUUAUUAACACCUUUCAUUAGUGUGGUAAAUUUGUUGCAAUUGAUGUAAAAACAUUUUUAUAAUUAUACCAGUAACUGCAGUCCAUGAUUCACCUUAGGGUUCACUGUGCUGUUCUGUCCUACAAAUCCUCUUUUUUUCUUUUUUUUAAUUUUUAUUCUAGUAACAUAUAUACAACCCAAAAUUCCCCUUUUAACCACAUUAGAAUAUAUAUUGUAUCACCAAGUUUUUAGAUGUUGUAGCCAUGCUCUCCCUUUUUCAAAUAAAGCAUCCCUUCUGUUCCAUUUCACAUAUGGUCUAAUUUCUUUUGUCCAUAUGUGAGACUUUCCGGAAUGACUACAAAUGGUUUUGAUAUCAAAUAAAAACUUCGUUCAAGGAAGCUUUUGUUUUAAAUAUUUUUUUUGUUUCAAAUCAAACUUAUGUUUCAAAUAAAACUUGUCUCAAAUAAAACAU